AUGCCGCGAGAGGCCGAACCCUCCCUUAAUGAACGGGCCUUUGUAAUACAAGCUCUACAAGAAGGGCAGCGCAUCGAUGGUCGCGCCUUUGACGAGUUUCGAAAGCUUGACCUGCGGUUUGGCGAUCAGUAUGGAGUGGCCGACGUGACGUUGGGCAAGACAAGACUUGUCGCAAAGGUGUCCGCUGAAGUGACCACACCGUACACGGAUCGGCCGUUUGACGGCAUCUUUACAAUCACGACCGAGCUGAGCCCUAUGGCCUCCCCUGCCUUUGAAGUAAACAGACCGACCGAGACCGAAGUUCUGCUGUCUAGGUUAAUUGAGAAGACCGUUCGUCGAUCCAACGCCCUCGACCUGGAGUCAUUGUGUCUUGUCGCGGGACAGAAGUGUUGGUCUGUACGGGUUGAUCUCCACGUCUUCUCGCACGACGGUAACUUGAUCGACGCAUCAUGUUUGGCUGUAGUAGCAGCGCUACGACACUUCAGAAAACCAGACACAAGCAUAGAGGGGAAUAGUGUCACCAUCUACACGCCGGCGGAGAGAGAGCCAGUCCCGCUUAGUUGGCUGCACUCGCCCUUCUGCGUUACGUUUAGCUUCUAUGGCGAAAAUGGAGAGAUUAUGCUGGUCGAUGCCAACUUGUUGGAGGAGCAACUACGCGUGAGUAGCUGCACUAUCAGUCUCAAUAAGCAUGGAGAGAUCUGUCAGGUUGCGAAGCUAGGUGGUACCGCGGUGGAAGCUAUAUCCUUGAUACAGUGUGCGAGUGCGGCCGUCAUCAAGGUGAAAGAAUUCUCGACACUGGUAGACGCGAAACUAGCCGACGACUUCCAGAGGAGGGAUAAGGGAGGUCUGUUGGCGGAGCUGUCUGCUGAGAAUGAAAGGUAG